AAAACCAAUCAUUUGCUUCUCAAAAAAUAAGCAAUUGCAAACUUUGUCUCCCAUCCCCAGAAAACAAAAAGAAAAGGUGAGAUGUCAUCUUCCAACGUCGGAACAGAAGUGUUCAUCAAUUUCCGAGGCGAAGAGCUGCGUAACAACUUUAUCUCCCAUCUACAUGACGCUUUGCACCGCAUGGGGAUCAAGGCUUUUAUAGACAGUGAUGAGCCACCGGGUGAGGAUCUUGAUAUAUUUUUUAAAAGGAUUGAGCAGUCCAAGGUCGCACUGGCAGUCUUAUCGAGUAGGUAUACAGAGUCACAUUGGUGUUUGGAAGAGCUGGCGAAGAUAAAGGAGUGUGUGGAUCGAAGCUCUCUACGGGUUAUUCCAAUCUUCUAUAACGUGGACCCAACCACGGUGAAAGAGCUCGAUGGAGAUUUUGGUCUUAAGCUAUGGGAUUUAUGGAGGAAGGACGGUCGAGACAACCGGAUCCUGAAGUGGGACGCCGCUUUGCAGGACGUUGUGGACAAGAUUGGCAUGGUGUUGGGAAUCCGGAACGAAUCCGAGUUCGUGAAUGAUAUCGUUAAACACGUUCAGAAUGCCCUAGAGCCGAAGGCAGCUCUAACCGAGCACCAAACAGUAUCAAACCCUAAACCUAAAGAAGCCUCUAACGGUAACGGAGCACCAAGAAGUAUCAAAUCAGGCGGACAACGCUUGACACAAUUAGAAGAAAAGUUGGAUUUGGAUUGCAAUGAAAACAAAACCCGCUAUGUAGGAAUUGUCGGGAUGGCUGGUAUCGGCAAAACCUAUCUCGCCGAUAAACUGUUCCAAAAGUUGAAGACGAAGAUCGGCUGUAACGUGUUCCUGAAGCUUGUCCGUGAGAAGACAACCGAUGAGGACCUGUAUUUGGAGAAGAGGCUUGUGGAAGGGUUACUGAAUAAAACUAUAAAUUUCAGUAGUAAAAAUCCACUUGAGGAACGGAAGAAUGACCUAAUCCAGAAGAAAGUUGUGGUUGUUUUGGAUAAUGUGAGUGACCAGAAAGAGAUCGAGCCGUUUCUAGGGAUUUGCAACUGGAUUAAGGAGGGGAGCAUAAUCGUCAUCACUACACGGGACAAGUCACUGCUCAAAGGAAUGAACUGCGAUAUCUAUGAGGUCCCCAAAAUGAACGACAGAGAGAGCUUAGAGCUCUUUAAAGAUCGAGCUCAAGUCUGUAGCAGUACUAAUUUUGAAGAAAAUUUCAUGGAGCUGUCUAAGAAGUUCGUGGAUUAUGCGGGAGGGAACCCAUUAGCACUCAAGAAUAUUGGUAAGGAGCUCUACGCGAAAGAAAAGGAUCACUGGGAAGAAAGACUUAGAACACUGACACAGUGUUCCAACCCUAAGGUCAGAGAGAAGUUAAGAAGCUCUUAUGAUGAACUAAACGAGCAGCAGAAGGAUGUGUUUCUUGAUAUAGCCCAUUUCUUCAGAUCAGAAGAUGUGAAGUAUGUUACAAGUUUACUUGAUUCUUUUGACCCUGGAUCUGCCGAAGCUGGGAAGGAACUAAUUAAAGGUCUCGUAGACAAGUUCUUGAUUAGCGUAUGUGAUGGUCGGGUUGAGAUGCAUAAUCUACUCUUAACAAUGGCUAAGGAACAUGUUGGAGAUACCGCAGGGAAAUACUGGCUGUGGUCGUCGAAUUGUGAAGAGUUUACUAGUGCGUUGAGUAACAUAGAGGGAAAAGACAAGGUUAGAGGAAUUAUCAUAGACAUGUCUAAUGUGGAGGAAAUGCCCUUAGACAACCAAGCCUUUGUUGGUAUGAGCAGUCUACGGUACCUGAAAGUGUGUGAUACUGGCCAUAGUGAAGCUCAGUGCAAGUUGAACUUACCCGAUGUACUUGAAUUCCCAAAAGAUAAUAUUGUCCGCUAUCUUAACUGGGUGAAAUUCCCAGGAAAGGAACUUCCAUCAGACUUCGAACCCACAAAUCUUAUCGAUCUUAGGUUGCCUUACAGUAAGAUUACCAGUGUAUGGAAAGAUGCUAAGGUUGCACCAGAACUGAGAUGGGUUGAUCUCAGUCACUCGAGUAACUUGAGUUCCUUGUUAGGAUUAUCAGAAGCACCAAAACUUUUGAGAUUAAACCUCGAAGGCUGCACGAGUUUGAAAGAGUUACCAGAGGAGAUGCAAAAGAUGAAGAAACUCGUUUCCCUAAACCUAAGAGGAUGCACAAGUCUCUUGUCUCUGCCAAAGAUCACUAUGGAUUCCCUGAAGACUCUCAUUCUCAGCUGCUGCUCAAAAUUUCAGACAUUUGAGGUGAUUUCAAAGCAUCUAGAAACUUUGUACUUAAACAACACUGCAAUAGAUGAACUUCCUCCGACCAUUGGUAAUCUCCAUGGACUUAUCUUCUUGGAUUUGAAAGACUGCAAAAAUCUGGCGACUCUUCCUGAUUGUCUUUGGAAGAUGAAAUCUCUUCAAGAACUCAAACUCUCUGGUUGCUCAAAGCUCAAGAGUUUCCCUAAUGUUAAGGAGACCAUGGUAAAUUUGCGGAUUUUGCUGCUUGAUGGAACAUCAAUUCCACUGAUGCCAAGCAAAAUUUUUGACUCAUCCUUUCUGAGGCGUCUAUGCUUAAGCAGGAAUGAAGAAAUCUGCAGCCUACUAUUUGACAUGAGUCAACUGUUCCAUCUGAAAUGGCUCGAGUUGAAGUAUUGUAAGAACCUUACAUCUCUUCCGAAGCUUCCACCGAAUCUUCUGUGCUUAAAUGCACAUGGUUGUAGUUCACUAAGAACAGUUGCGAGUCCACUAGCCAGUCUUAUGCCAACAGAGCAGAUUCAUUCCACCUUUAUUCUUACUGACUGUCACAAACUGGAACAAGUCUCAAAAAGUGCUAUCAUAUCUUACAUUCAGAAGAAAAGCCAGUUGAUGUCAAAUGAUCGACAUAGUCAGGAUUUCGUUUUCAAGUCCUUAAUUGGUACUUGCUUUCCUGGAUGUGAUGUACCUGUAUGGUUCAACCACCAAGCACUUGGGUCAGUCUUAAAACUGGAGCUGCCUCGAGAUGGGAAUGAAGGAAGAUUAAGUGGUAUAUUUCUAUGUGUUGUAGUCUCAUUUAAGGAGUAUAAAGCCCAAAAUAACAGUCUCCAAGUGAGAUGCACCUGUGAGUUUAGUAGUAUAUCCCGGGAAAGCUUCAUUGUUGGUGGUUGGUCCGAACCAAACGAGGAGUUGCAUACGGUUGUGUCGGACCAUGUCUUCAUUGGCUACUCCACUCUGUUUAAUAGCAAGCAACGUAAACAGUUUUCAUCAGCUACUGAAGUAUCCCUUAGAUUUGAAGUGACAAAUGGUACAAGAGAGGUUGCAGAAUGUAAGGUGAUGAAUUGUGGCUUCUCUUUGGUUUAUGAGUCUGAUGAAGCUGAGAGCGCAACUUGGGAGGCAAAUCUUAUGGAGAACAGUACAAAAGGCAAUAAAAGGUUGCCAAAAACCUUCAGUUUUCCUUGGAAUAAAGCCCAGCACUCGAACAAAGGAUCUCAUUUUCAUUGAGAGUUCUGUUUCAAGAAACUUUGGUAUUGAAUCUAAAUGAUGUCUCUGUUACAAGAUAGCAAAGUCGGCAUGUGUACAAAGUGGAUGCAUUCAAAUAAAGUAUCAGAAAAACAAUCUCGGAGGAGAGGCAAUAAAGCAAUAAGCAAGAGGCUAUGCUCGCUGAGGAAGCAUAUGGCUUCUUCCUCUUUUGCUAUCUGAGUAGGUGUGUGAUAUGGUAUCUGUUGUCAUGCGGAAACUCUAUCACCUUUUGGCAUUGUUUUCUCGAAACAUUCUAAAAUAAACGAGACCAAAUUGUUUUUUCAUUCUCGAGCAAAUAGAAGAAAUUUUAACCAAAGAAAAAUAUGGAAAAAAGCUUCCUGGCCAAAAUGUUCUUCUCAUUUUCGAAGCAAGGCUAAAUAUUUUGUUUGAUAUUUAUUCUAAUAUGUUAUUUUUGAUAAGGAACUCAUUAAAUCAAUUUGAUCGUUGAGAAUUUUAGCUGUUAAUGUAUUCUUAUUUAGCAAGUAACAGUAGCUUGUCAUCCACGGACACAAA